AUGGAUGUCCUCAGGCCUUCCAACAAUGUGACAGAAUUUGUUCUCCUGGGACUCACACAGAAUCCACAUGUGCAGAAAAUCCUCUUUAUUGUCUUUCUGUUCAUUUUCCUCUUCACUGUGCUGGCCAACCUGCUCGUUGUCAUCACCGUCUUCCUCAGCCCCACGCUUUCUGCUCCCAUGUACUUCCUUCUCACUUACUUGGCCUUAUUAGAUGCCUCCUUCACAUCUGUCACCACCCCCAAACUGAUUGUUGACUUACUUCAUCAAAGAAGAACCAUCUCCUGGGGAGGAUGCAUGACUCAGGUCUUUUUAGAACACUUCCUGGCAGCAUCAGAGGUCAUCGUCCUCACGGUCAUGGCCUACGACCGCUACGUGGCCAUCUGCAAGCCUCUGCACUACACGACCAUCAUGCGACAGGGGCUCUGCCAGCUUCUGGUGGUGGUGGCCUGGAUCGGGGGGAUCCUGCAUGCCUCAGUGCAGAUUCUUUUCUUGACGGACUUGACCUUCUGUGGUCCCAAUGUCAUUGACCACUUCACGUGUGAUUUCUUCUCACUGUUGGAACUUGCCUGCAGCGACACCUACAUACCUGGAAUCGUGGUGGCAGCCAACAGUGGGGGCAUGUGCUUGCUCAUUUUUUCCCUGCUUCUGAUCUCCUACAUAGUCGUCCUGAGCUCCCUGAAAUCCCAUGGCUCUGAAGGACGGCGGAGAGCCCUCUCUACCUGUGGCGCCCACUUUACUGUAGUGGUGCUCUUCUUUCUGCCUUCUGUGUUCACCUACACACGUCCUGUGGCCACGUACCCUGUGGACAAGUGGGUGACUGUGUUCUCCGCAAUCCUCAGUCCCAUGUUAAAUCCUAUCAUUUACACAGUGAGAAACACAGAGGUGAAAAAUGCCAUGAGGGAUCUGAUGAAGAGAAGAGUAGUGUCGGAUAUUCAGGAUGCCAAGAAAGUGAUUAUUUAUAUACAUAGGAAGGGUUACACCUGUUUUAGAUUGUGA